CGGCGGCGGUGGCGGUGGCGGCGGCGGACCUGUCGGCGCUAGAGCCAGCUGACUGAACGCCGCGGCGGGCGGGCGAGACCCUUCGUAGCAGAAGGUCACCAUGUUUAGAUGUUAGCAGCCAUAUAUGUGCGAGUCUGUGAUUGAAAAUGGCAGAGGGAAACAGCAAUGAAGAGGUAAUUCCCCUGAACAGCUUUCACUGCCACCGGGGACAAGACUGGGUCAGUCUCAGAGAUGGGCCCAUCACCAUCUCUGACUCCUCUGAUGAGGAAGGGCUUCCAAUGCUGGUCACCCCGGCACCUCCACAUCAUGAAGAAGAGGACUUGGAUGAUGAUGUCAUUCUGACAGAGACAAAUAAACCUCAGACAUCACGACCCAAUCUCAUCAAGCCAGCUGCCCAGUGGCAGGAUCUGAAAAGACUGGGAGAAGAAAGGCCUCAAAAGCCUAGAGCAGCAUUUGAAUCGGACAGGAGCAGCUAUUUUUCAGUGUGUGACAACCCGCUGUUUGAUCCUGGGAAGCAGGAUGACUAUGGUGAAUUUCUGCAUCUUGGGCCUCCUGGAAUCUCUGAAUUUUCUAAACCAAGAGGCCAGAUAGAAAGAGAACCUAAACCUGGACCAAGUCAUAGCCAAGCAGCCGACGACACCGUCAACCCCAGAGCAGAGCAGAAGGUCAUCAUCUUGGAAGAAAAUAGCCUUUUCCCAGAAGGUGAUCCUUUGGAAACUGCACACCGGUCUUCUGAGGACUCUGAGACAGAGCUUGUAUCAAACCUGGGCGGAUCCGCUGGUACAGCAGGUGAUCAGGUCAUCGGAGAAGACUGCUGGCUGAGCCAUCCGUACCUCCGCUCUCUGAGCCAGCAGCCCCGGGAGGUCAGGAACCAGGCCGUUCCUCAGGAGCGACAGCCUGAGGCAGAGCUGGGCCUGUUGUUGUUCCAGCGUGAGCUCCCGGGGCCAGCUUUUCCCAGGCCGGAGCCUCAGCAGGAUGGGAUUCCAGGCCCUGCCUCUCCUCAGCCCGCCCAUCCCCUCGGAGAGCUUGAAGAGCAACAGUUAGCAAUCGAUGAGGAAGAGCCAGGGCCAGCCUUUCCGCUGCAAGGAUCUCAGGAGACCGGUUUGAAAGAUAUUUGGAGACAGGAAGCUACUGAAGUAGAUCAAGAACUUAUUGCACUACUAGUUAAAGAAACAGAAGCAAGAUUUCCAGAUGUAGCAAAUGGGUAUAUUGAAGAAAUAAUUCAUUUGAAGAAUUACUAUGAUUUGAAUGUACUUUGUAAUUUUCUUCUGGAAAAUCCAGAUUAUCCAAAGAGAGAAGAUAGAGUCCUUAUAAACCCCAGCAGCAGCCUGCUUGCCAGCCAGGAUGAGACAAAGUUGCCUAAAGUAGACUUCUUUGACUAUUCCAAACUGGCUCCUCUUGACCAGCGCUGCUUCAUCCAAGCUGCCGACCUCCUGAUGGCCGACUUCAAAAUGCUGAGCAGCCAGGACAUCAAGUGGGCCCUGCAUGAGCUCAGAGGACACUAUGCAAUCACCCGCAAGGCCUUUUCUGAUGCCAUUAAAAAGUGGCAGGAGCUAUCACCAGAAACCAGUGGAAAAAGGAAAAAGAGAAAAGAAAUGAAUCAGUUUUCUUACAUAGAUUUCAAGUUUGAACAAGGUGAUAUAAAAAUAGAAAAGAGGAUGUUCUUUCUGGAAAACAAGCGGCGACACUGCAGGUCUUAUGAGCGGCGUGCCCUCCUUCCAGCUGUGCAGCAGGAGCAGGAGUUCUAUGAGCAGAAGGUCAAAGAGAUGGCAGAGCAUGAAGACUUUCUGCUUGCCCUGCAAAUGAAUGAAGAACAGUAUCAGAAGGACGGCCAGCUGAUUGAGUGUCGCUGCUGCUAUGGGGAAUUUCCAUUCGAGGAGCUGACCCAGUGCGCAGAUGCUCACUUGUUCUGCAAAGAGUGUCUCAUCAGAUAUGCCCAAGAGGCCGUCUUCGGAUCUGGAAAGUCAGAGCUCAGCUGCAUGGAAGGCAGCUGCACGUGCUCCUUCCCAGCCAGUGAACUGGAGAAGGUGCUUCCGCAGACCAUCCUGUGCAAGUACUACGAACGGAAGGCUGAGGAGGAGGUCGCGGCAGCCUACGCUGACGAGCUGGUCAGGUGCCCCUCCUGCAGCUUUCCUGCUCUGCUGGACAGCGAUGUGAAGAGGUUCAGCUGUCCAAAUCCUCGCUGCCGAAAGGAAACCUGUCGGAAGUGUCAGGGACUCUGGAAAGAACACAAUGGCCUCACCUGUGAGGAGCUGGCUGAAAAGGAUGACAUCAAGUACCGAACAUCUGUUGAAGAGAAAAUGACCGCUGCCCGCAUCAGGAAGUGCCACAAGUGUGGGACCGGCCUCAUCAAAUCCGAAGGCUGCAACCGCAUGUCUUGCCGCUGUGGCGCCCAGAUGUGCUACCUCUGCCGAGUGCCCAUCAGCGGAUACGACCACUUCUGCCAGCAUCCUCGCUCGCCGGGAGCACCUUGCCAGGAGUGUUCCAAGUGCUCCCUUUGGACUGACCCCACUGAAGAUGAUGAGAAGCUAAUUGAGGAAAUCCAGAAGGAGGCUGAGGAGGAGCAGAAGAGGAAGAGUGGAGAGCACACAUUCAAACGCAUCGGACCCCCGUUGGAGAAGCCCCCUGAGAAGGUGCAGAGGGUGGAGGCCCUGCCCAGGCCCGUCCCGCAGAACCUGCACCAGCCACAGAUGCCGCCCUAUGCCUUUGUGCACCCGCACUUCGCCCUCCCGCCUGUCCGGCCCAUGUUCAACAACUUCCCACUCAACAUGGGCCCCAUCCCGGCGCCCUACGUGGCCCCUCUGCCCCACAUGCGGGUCAACUACGACUUGGGCCAUAUCCACGUGCCCUUGGAGCACAACCUGCCCAUGCACUUUGGUCCCCAGCUGCGGCAUCGCUUCUGACCCCCCGAGCUCACAGCCACUACCGGGCGGCCGUGGAGCCCGUGGGCUGUAGGAUAGAAGGCCCCCUUCAGGGCUCGUGGUUCUGCUCUUGCCUUCAGUAGGGUGACCGGUUCGGCUCUUGAGAGGGUGAGAUGGCUUUCUUCUUGCUCCUUUCUUGGGUAGGGCCCCUACCCAUCGAGCGGCACUGCGGGCCGGUGCCCUCUGGGUGCCUAUAACAGGACUGGUCUGGCUGUCAGUGGGCCAGAGAAGAGUUCUGCCGUCUGUGGCCCUGGCCGCGAGGCAGGCCUGUCUCUGCCACAUCACUCAAGUCCCUGCAGGAAGAGGUAAGCAAAGGAUUUGCCUCUGUUCCCCUGCCAGCACACGAUAGGAGAAGCCGUUCAGUCGGACACCACGUAGGCCUUGGUUCCCACAGCACAGUCAGGUCCGUGGUCAGGGGAGCCCACAGGUGGUAGAGGUGGAGAGAACCAAGGGGUUGGGACUGCCCCCCCGGCCCCGGCCCCAAGUCCUGUGCUGCAGUAGCCCCGCUGCUGCCGGAGGUGCUCGGCUGGGCCGCAGGCUGAGGCGGCAGUGCUGGGGUGGGGAGCUGUUGACUGCGGCCCGUCGGGCGCUGCUGCAACUCCAUAGGGCAAAGCACUGCCCCCACGUCCAUCCCAUGACCAGUCAGGGAGUCCCUCUUCCCUCCUGACCCUCGGAUCAGCCGGCAACAAAGAACCACGUCCCAUCUUCGUGGUCACCUGGUGCCCCCUUCAUGGGGGUUUUCCCUGGCCUGCUCGCCGUUGUCUUUUGGGCCCUGCAGAGUCAAACUGAGAAUCAGUGACCCCAUGCCCGGCACUCCUGAGGGCCGGGUGGUCCUGAAGCUGUGGGCAGAUAGACGAUCCUCUUGAGGGAGCUGGGCUGGUGGCCUGCCGGGAGACGUCACCGCCCGGGGAUGUCCCCUGAGGUGCCCUUGGGGGAGCAGUAGGCUCCCCGGGAGCUCUCACCCUCCCUCCGCACACCCUCUCAGGUAGAAGGGGCAGGCCUCGGCCUGCGUGCAGAGUCCCCAGCGCGACCCGCCACCUCGUCCCAUCCUGUCCAGUCCGUCUUGAGCCCUUGCUCUGGCCAUCUGCUGAGCGAGGGGCCCCUCCCGGCAGCACACGUCACCUGGACCUGGGUCUGCUCUCCUGGUCCCCUGGCCGGCACAGCGCCUUGUGCCGUGACUCCUCAGAGACCGGAGCGGAGCAGUCCUGCAGACGCCCGCCCUUUCCGCCUUUCUCAGGAUGAAGGCUUCGCCGACAGGUGGUCAUCUGGGCACGGGGCCGCUGUGUCUGCUGCCCGGGAGCCCGCCUCUGGGCCGCCUGAACUGUGCUCCUAGCCUGAAUGACAGUGCCUUGGAAAGGCGGGCUCCGUGUGCCAGUGACAGGGUUCUACCUUCAACACGUGUUCCCUGCGCCUCUCCAGGGAGGACCUCUGAGAGCAGAGGGCAAGAGGAGGCCCACAAACGGAGGCUGGCCCCGGGUCCUUCCCUCACAGCCCUCUGGAGCCGGACCCAUUCGCCCAGGAGCUCGGCUCCAGCUCCAGCCUGCAUCCCGGCCCCUUGGCUCCAUCGAGGGCCCGAGGUAGGACAGGGAGCGGGCUGCUGCAGAGGAGGUGCUGGCCCCGGCCCUGCCGCGGGGCCACUCGAGAUGUCCCUAGCUGUCUCCAGCCGCACCCAGCUGUGGGGAGGGAGCUUUGGCCUUUGUCCCCCAGGGCACCUGCUUCCUGGCCGUCUCCUAAGUCCAGCAAGGCCCUGCAUGACCACCUCAGCCUCUGGCCAGCAGGGCAGUCCUGUGUUACUUGCCUUAAAACUGGAGAGAGGAACCUAGUAUUUGCACUUAGCAAAUGAUUGAAAAACAGGAAACAACAGUGUGCAUGAUCUGUCACUUUGUAUUAAAAUGACUAGUUCAUUCCAUUGUUUUCCUUUACCUUCAGGUAGCAAAAAUAAAAUAGUUCUGUUGAAACUGCUGUGUAAGAAGCCUGUAUCAUAUGGAACUUGCACUUUUUGUAAAUAAAUGUUUGU